AUGACGACCACCACCGCUCCCCAUUCCGCAGGCCCCGUGGCACCCAUCUUCCGCUCCAUGGACAAGACCAUCGGCGCGCACUGGGAAGAGACCAUGAUUGAGAUGAGCCGGACGAUGAUGGUGCCCCUCAACGCGCGGCUCAUGAAGCAGAUGGGGUUGGGCCAGCACACGACGGAGCCCAUUGCCUUUCUCGACAGCGCGUGCGGGGCUGGUCCUGCUACGCAGGAGCUUUACAAGGCUGUGUCUAGAGAGGUGCUGGAGAAGAGUGAUGUUCUCUGUGCGGAUGGGUCGCCUAUGAUGGUUGGCUUGGUGGAGAGGAGGAUUCGGGAAGAGGGGUGGGUUGGGGCGAGGGCGAGGGUUUUGGAUGCCAUUGACUCCGGACUGGCUGAGAAUUCGUUGACGCACGUCGUCAUUGGUCUCGGUCUGCAUCUUAUCCCCCGCUGGGUCGCGGACGUGAGGUCAGCAUUCGCAUCCUUCCCCUUUGACGCGCCGUUCGAGGAGAAGAACCGGGCGCAGGUCCACGAUGUUGGGCGGUGGUAUGAUGAGGCUUGGGUCAGUGGCUAUCUACAGGACAACGGGUUCAAGGACGUCGAGACGUGUUUGGAGAGCGGGACGGUGAAGGUGAGGGAUGCGCGGCACUGGUUGGAUGUGUUUGGGCCUGUUGUUGCGUUGAUUGUGAACACGGAGUGGAGCGAGGAGUUGAGGGGAGAGCAUGGGCUGGAGGAGGUGAAGGGGUUGAUUAAGGAGCAUUUGGAGGGAAAGUAUGGGGGGAAGGGGUGGGAUGUUGGGUUCGCUUGUAUUGUUGCUUCUGGGACUGUUGUGAAGUAA